AUGAGUAAUUUUAAGGUGUUUAAUUCAUCGAAGUGGGCCAUGUUUGCAACUGGCGAGAACAUUUUAUUCAAAAACAAUUUUAUCGACGGCUGUAUGUUAAACAACAAAAAUUGUCAAAUAGAUGGGUGGUUACCAUGUAUAGGGACUUACGCAAUUUCUCCCGAGUUACCCAUCAUGUCUUCCAACAUCACUUUUACUGACAAUGAAGUGGCAAACUCAUGGGGAGAAGCAAUAGACCUAAUCAUGUGUAGUGGAUGUACAGUAAAAAACAAUUACGUUCAUGAUGUCUUCCCUUUUGCUAUCUACAUGGACAAUUCCCAAAAUUGUGUGAUAGAGAGUAACACAAUAAAAUUCACGAAUUAUUCUAUAUGUUCAAAUUACUCGAAGUAUAUGGCAAUUGUCCUUGGCGAUGAAGUUCGAUCGACUAAAAUGGUUCCCAUGUUAAACAUCACUAUUCGAAACAACUUUGUAUGGGGAGCACAAUUUGGUGUUGGGUAUUGGGGGUGGAACGACAUCGCAUAUUACAGUGAUGUCACUGUCGCAAAUAACAUCUUUUUUAAUAUUUCAAUGUUGGCACUUGGUUUUCAAACUGCAUGUGUUGUGAAGAAUAAGACCAAAAACAACCAAUUUAAGAACAACUUUAUCUAUUCAAAUUACCCCUGGGGGUCAGCAAUUGUCAAUGAAAGUGAAAUAUCGACGUGGAACAUUUCAGAUAAUGUGUAUUAUGGAGGAUCAAAUAAAAUACUUGAAGAUUCAUGGAACGGAACUGAUGGAAUGUCACACUCAGUCCAUUUUAAAAAAGAAGAAAUUGGUUUGGAACAGUUUUGGCAAGGUGGGUUGUAUGGAAAUUGUACUAAUGAAAGUUAUUUUGAUGUUAAUGUAAAACCAUACUGUUUUGUGCCUUAUAAAAAUUCUAUUUUAUAUCACAGCGGUGUUCAUGUAAAAUAUACUGACUUGGAUGGUAAAAUUGAUAAAGAUUACUUUGGAUUCGUUAGAAAUAAAUACAAACCAAGUAUUGGCUUUGCUGAAGGUAAAAUGGAUAGUAGAGCUAACAACAUUACAGUGGUGGUGUUUAUUAUUAUACUUUUUGUGUUAUUUUAA